AUGACGGAUCGACUUCCACUUCCAUCUGAUACAUUAGCGAUUGCCGUACUCAAUAGCUCAAUUCCAUCACGAUAUCUGCCAACAAUGACUGUCUUUGAAAUUUUUCAACAACUUUUUGUUGAAGAUUGGCAGAUUAGCUCAAAUUUUGAAGGUUAUUAUAAUACAUGUGCUCCAUCCGCCUGUAUUUACACAUAUAAUAAACGUAUGGAUGUUCUUUUUAUCGUCUCAACAGUUAUUAGUAUAACUGGUGGUCUACUUAUAAUAUUACGUUUAUUUAUUCCAUCCGUGGCAGAAGUCUCAAGAAGUCAAAUGCCAAAUGCUGAACAUAUUGGAAUGUUGGCAACUCGCAUCUACUCGAUAUUAUUUGGAAUUACUAUUCUCUUUAUUAUAAUUUUUACUGGUCUUAGUGAAGUUAUUAUAUCGAAGGUGUAUGGAGACGAAUCAAAUAGUUUUCUUAUAAGAAGUAUACCUCGUACGUUUGACAAUAGUACAUGUAAUUGUGCUGUCUCAAGUACUUGUCAACAACCUUUACGAAUAGGUCCUUCUGAUCUAAUAUUACCAGGUCUCGUGAUUGGUUGUUCACCAAUGGAAGGCCUACACUACUAUACACAGAUAGAUGGAUCACCACCAGUCAAUUUUACUCCUCCGAAAACUCCACCUAUCGUCAUUGCAUCAUUAAAUACUUCAUUGUCCACACGAUUUUUACCAUCUACACAAAUAGGUGAGCUUAUUCACGAAAUGUUUCUAGAACAACUCACCAAUGUUAUUAGUUACGAAAAAUAUUAUGCUACAUGUGCACCCAGUGUAUGCCGCUACGAAUAUGUCGAACGAAGCAAUAUCUUGUAUAUUGUAACGACAUUGCUUGGUCUUUAUGGCGCUGUUAGUGUUGGUUUGCGAUUACUUAUUUGGAAUUCAUUGAGAAUUUAUCAUAAGAUCAAAAAUUAUUUUCAUUAUCAUAACGCUGCAAUUCAACCACAAACAUCAAUAAUUACUCACUAA